GUGUCACCGCCUCGCCUUCGAUCCGCCAGCCGGGCAGGCGCGUUUCUCUUUCCAGCAACAUCGCGCCGAGGGGGUUGGACGCCAACUGCCGCCACCUCUUCUUCGUCUCCAGCGCCGCCGGUCGCCCGGGCUCCUUUAUCGUCCUCCUCGCCUUUGCACGCCGCACAAUCUCGAAGAUGGCGGCUCAGAGCCUCCUCGCCCGGGUUGCCCGCUGCUUCCCCGCUGCCUCCCGAUGGGGGCCCGGACGUGGGACGGUGCGGCUCGUCCUCGGAACCCAGGCGAAGAGUUGUGGCUGCUAUUUUUCUACCAGCAGCUGUCACAAUACAAAAUUUUAUACUGAUCCAGUGGAAGCGGUGAAAGACAUACCCAACGGGUCUACUCUCCUUGUUGGUGGUUUUGGGCUCUGUGGCAUUCCCGAGAACCUCAUAGGAGCCCUGUUGAAGACUGGUGUAAAAGGGAUAACCGCCGUCAGCAACAAUGCAGGGGUAGAUAACUUUGGACUUGGCCUAUUGCUUCAAACCAAGCAGAUCAAACGUAUGGUGUCAUCCUACGUUGGAGAGAACGCAGAAUUUGAGCGGCAGUAUUUAUGUGGAGAACUGGAAGUUGAGCUUACACCGCAGGGCACCCUUGCUGAACGGAUCCGGGCAGGAGGAGCGGGCAUUCCAGCUUUUUUCACCAGCACGGGCUAUGGAACUCUAGUCCAAGAAGGAGGAGCCCCAAUCAAAUACAACAAAGAUGGUUCUGUCAUCCUUUCCAGUGAACCAAGAGAGGUGAGGGAAUUUGAUGGCCGACACUAUAUUAUGGAAAAGUCAAUUACGGGAGAUUUUGCCCUAGUGAAGGCGUGGAAAUCUGAUCGUGCUGGAAACAUUAUCUUCAGGAAAACUGCAAGAAAUUUUAACCAGCCCAUGUGCAAAGCUGCCAGAACAACUGUGGUAGAGGUGGAAGAAAUUGUUGAUGUAGGGUCAUUUGCCCCCGAAGACAUUCACGUUCCCAAGAUCUAUGUCCAUCGCCUCAUUAAAGGGGAAAAGUAUGAAAAAAGAAUUGAGCGAUUAUCGCUCCGCAAAGCUGAAGAUACACAAAGUAAGCAGAAGAAAAGUGGCGAUAAUGUGAGAGAGAGGAUCAUCAGGCGAGCAGCUCUUGAAUUUGAGGAUGGCAUGUACGCUAACCUUGGUAUCGGCAUUCCACUGCUUGCCAGCAACUUCAUUAGUCCCGACAUAACCGUUCAUCUACAGAGUGAAAAUGGAGUCCUUGGCUUGGGACCUUAUCCCACUGAAAGUGAAGUUGACCCUGACCUCAUCAAUGCAGGUAAAGAGACAGUCACUGUGCUUCCAGGAUCUUCCUACUUCUCUAGUGAUGAAUCUUUUGCAAUGAUUCGAGGGGGACAUGUUGAUUUAACUAUGCUUGGAGCAAUGCAGGUGUCUAAAUAUGGUGAUCUAGCCAACUGGAUGAUCCCUGGUAAGAUGGUGAAAGGAAUGGGUGGUGCCAUGGACUUGGUAUCCAGCGCAAGAACUAAAGUGGUUGUCACCAUGGAGCACUCGGCAAAGGGCAACGUCCACAAAAUUUUGGAAAGCUGUACUCUGCCAAUUACUGGGAAACAGUGUGUGAAUCGCAUCAUAACGGAAAAGGCUGUGUUUGAUGUCGAUAAGAAAAAAGGGCUAACUCUGAUUGAAAUCUGGGAAGGCUUGUCGGUGGAUGACAUCAAGAAAAGUACUGGUGCUGAAUUCACAGUUUCACCAAACCUCACACCUAUGAAGCAGAUUUCAACCUGAGAAGUAGACUGGGCUUAUUAUCUUACAUACUUCCAGUGAAGGGAAUCAAAUGUCUGUUUUGCAAUUAUGCAUUUUAAAGAGGUCUUUGUAAGUAGUUUCUUGGUAGUUAGCAUCAAGCUGACUAUGUAACUAUAACUCCGUAAAUGUUUAUUCGCACAGUACAGUUUCAAAAAUAAACUCAAUUUUGUACCUA